UUCUCCCUUUGCUCCGCUUUCACACGUUCUCUGCUUCUAUAUAUCUCUUUCUCUUUUUUUUCCUUUAUUUUUUUUCUUUAUUUCUUCCUCUUACUUUUAUUUUUUUUACGUAUGACUAUCUUGGCAUUGGAAGUCAUAUACUUGAUUAUUGACCAUAUAUUGGAAUCAGAACUUCAACAUUUUCAACAUGUUUUUGCUCCUUCGACACCUUCUACAGUAUAUCAAUUGAUUAUCACUCAUUCUAGUUUCCGCGACUAUUUACAACAACAAGACCGUUUCCAACAACUUCGACUCUGGCGACUAUUGAAUCGUAUUCCUCGACAAUUUGAACCUGUUCAAGUGGCUGUAGGUACCAUGGAUUGUUUUACGGUUCUUUCUAUUGAUAUGUCCACGGAAAAGAUCACCAACAUUCCUUAUUCAACUGCUCUUGAUAUUGACAAUGAUCCCAAUGUGACAGAAACAUUUUUAGUAUUACAAGAAUCCACUUCAAGUAUUCGCUCUUAUCGUGCUCACAAUGAUCUACUUAUUUAUACAAAAAGUUCAUCUGGUUCUUAUGGAUGGGGUUCUCAAAGGAAACCAAUAAUAGAAACAACGACAACAAGUGGAUGUAGUGGUGGGUUUUUGAAAGGGAAAAACAAGGAUAAGAAAAUCAAGAAAACAGAUGAUGAUCUUGGUGAUAUCAUGGGUGAUACUGAUAAUGACUCUCAAAAGAAUGAAUGGAAUAAAGUGGUGGCCCUUUUUCCUUUAUCGACAUUUAUACGACAUGUACAAUGGUAUGCGUUACAUCAUGAUGCUUCUGUAUGGUUAUGGAAAAUGUCAGCUAGAUUUUUCAGAGGAUCCAACUUGGAUGUAUUACAACAACAACAAUUUCGAUCUAUCUUGGACACUCCACGGCGUGCAUUGAUUGCUUGGGAUCGGCCCUUUCGCGGUAACUUUCGAUUUACUGAAAGUGUUUUGAAUAGUAAUGUGGAACUGUUCAGUAAACUUUUACCAUCCACCUAGUUAUCGUCCUU